AUGACGGCUCUUGCCAAAGAAUUGGGGGUGGAGGCGGGGGUGGGAAAGGACGAGGAUGGAGAAGUGAAGACUUCAUCUUCAAUUACAAUCCGAACAAGAGGCGGUGAUGGCGAUGGCGACGGCGACGGUGAGGAUGGAAAGCAGGCGGUGGUUGUGACGAGUCGGCGUGCGUCAUCGAGUUUGGGGAGAGAAAGGGCAGGAGAAGGAGAAGACGGUCAUGAUGAGGAUGGAGAUGGAGAUGGUGAUGGAGAUGGGAGCGGUGGAAGUGAAUUGAAGGAUGAUGCUGAUCAACACGUCUUGACUCUAUCGCGGGCAAGGUGCAUUGCUCUGGUGGCCACGGUCACUGGCGCUGCGUUUCUCAAUACCCUCUCCCUCCAGAGCGUCGUCAUCAUCCUCCCCACCAUCGGCCGCCGUCUCUCCAUCCCCGAAAGUCGACAGCAAUGGAUCGUGUCCUCCUACUCCCUUGCCUUUGGCUGCUUCUUGCUGUUCUGGGGCCGCGUCGCUGAUUUGUAUGGCAAACGUCUCAUCUUCAUAUGGGGUUCCAUCUGGGUGACGGCGGUCAUGGCGGCGAAUCCCUUUGUCCCCAAUGAGAUUGGCUUCAACUUAUUUAGAGGUCUUCACGGCUUGGGAUCUGCUGCGAAUGUACCCACUGCGAUUGGCAUCUUGGGUGUCACGUUUCCUCCAGGCAGAGCAAAAAACUAUGCCUUUGUUGCAUAUGGCGCCGGUGCCCCUCUUGGAAGUGUCUUUGGAAACAUCCUGUCUGGCUUCAUCGCCCAAUAUGCUGACUGGAAAUGGGUUUUCGGGGUCCUCGCCAUCAUGGGCGCCAUCGUUUCCAUCUGCGGCAUUCUCUUCAUUCCUGCUCCUCCGCCGUCAGCGUCCAGCGCCAGCAGAAAAGGCCCGCCUUCGAUUGACUGGAUCGGUGCUACUCUCAUCACUAUCGGCCUUCUUGCUCUCACGUUUGCUCUUACCGAGGGCAAUGUUGUCGGGUGGAACACCCCCUGGGUCCCCGUCCUCAUCGUCCUUUCCAUACUGAUCAUCGCUGCCUUUGUUGUCUGGCAAUGGUACUUGGAACGCAGAUUAACGUCUGCUAAACAAGAAGAAUCGGAUGCCGUUUCCAUCUUCCGCAAUUUCCAAUUCAGUGCUGUCAUGAUCAUCAUGGGCGUCUUUUUCGCUUCCUUCAACAAUUAUCUCAUCUACGCCACCUACUACUUUCAAGAAUACCAGGGCCUAUCUCCCCUACAAACCAUGCUGCGGUUUAUCCCAACGGGUGUGGGCGGCGCACUCGUUGCCAUAAUCGUCUCUCAGCUCCUCGAUCGGGUUCCCACCGUCUUCAUCCUCAUAACAGGCAAUCUGGCCGUCUCAGUCGCAUGUCUCCUGUAUGCUGUGCCCAUUUCCCCGACGACUACGUACUUUGCCUGGGGUCUUCCUGCUAUGGUCCUCUCCGUCGUUGGCGCAGACACUACGUGGCCAUGCCUUACUCUCUUCACGUCCCGUGCUCUCCCCAGAGAAGAUCAAGCCGUUGGUGGUGCGCUCAUCAACGCCGUUGGACAAUUCGGUCGAUCCAUCGGCCUCGCAAUCAGCACGGCAACUCAAACCGCUGUCAUGGCCAACGCCCGUGGCCUCCCCGUCAAGGACGUCGGAAACAUAAAGGCGUGGGACCCAGCAUCUCUGAAAGGUCUGCGUGCAGCUUCUUGGAUGAAUUUUGCCUUGGGAAUUGCGUCUUUGGUCGUCGUCUUGAUAGCCUUUCCGACGCUGGAAAUUGUGGGCAAGGCGGAGCCUGCGGCGUUGAAGAAGCAGAGCGAAGGUGUUAUUCGUAAUAAUGGUGACAGGGGGAGCGAAAAGAGGGAGGAAGCUGCUGACUCUGAACGUAACAGGGUAUGAUUUUUUUUAUAGAUCUUGGUUUUUCUUUUUACUUCUUUUCCCCUUUCAGCCAAUUUUGCAUUUUGCAUUUUGCAUAGAACGAUACGCCAUAGAGCUUUUAGAGUAGCAUGACGAGAGACGAGAGUUACUUCCCCCUUGGAAUAAACAGAGGCAGUUACGAUU